AGAGCCGGGAAGUCGGGGCCUGCGCGGGGCGGAGGCUGCGGGGCGCGGCCUCCGGGCCUCGAUCUCGCAACAAAGGAUCGCGGGGCCUCCCGCCCCAGGACCUCCCCGCCCCGGGAUCAGCCUCCCCCGCUUGGGCACCCCGGGGACCGGCCUGCGGUCCCGUCGGGGUGGCAGGCAGGAACCCCCUAACCUUUGCCGGCUUCUGUUCCAGGACCCGCCCGGAGUGGCCAUGUCCCACGGUCCCCGGCAGCCAGGCGCAGCCACCGCACCUGCGGGAGGCAAGACUCCGGGCCAGCAUGGGGCCUUUGUAGUGGCUGUCAAGCAGGAGCGCAGCGAAGGUCCCCGUGCCGGAGAGAAGGGGCCCCAGGAGGAGGAGCCAGUGAAGAAGCGAGGCUGGCCCAAAGGCAAGAAAAGAAAGAAGAUUCUCCCCAAUGGGCCCAAGGCCCCGGUCACGGGCUAUGUUCGCUUCCUGAACGAGAGGCGGGAGCAGAUUCGCACCCGACACCCGGACCUUCCCUUCCCGGAGAUCACCAAGAUGUUGGGCGCCGAGUGGAGCAAGCUGCAGCCAGCAGAGAAGCAGCGGUACCUGGAUGAGGCAGAGAAGGAGAAACAGCAGUACCUGAAGGAGCUGUGGGCAUACCAGCAGUCAGAGGCCUACAAGGUCUGCACCGAGAAGAUCCAAGAAAACAAAAUAAAAAAAGAGGACUCCAGCUCUGGGCUCAUGAACACCCUCCUGAAUGGACACAAGGGUGUGGACUGCGGCGAUGGCUUUUCAACCUUUGAUGUUCCCAUCUUCACUGAAGAGUUUUUGGACCAAAACAAAGCACGCGAGGCGGAGCUGCGGCGCCUGCGGAAGAUGAACGUGGCUUUCGAGGAGCAGAACGCAGUGCUGCAGCGCCACACUCAGAGCAUGAGCAGCGCUCGUGAGCGUCUGGAGCAAGAGCUGGCGCUAGAGGAGCGGCGCACGCUGGCGCUGCAACAGCAACUGCAGGCUGUGAGACAAGCGCUCACCGCUAGUUUCGCCUCUCUGCCGGUGCCCGGCACCGGGGAGACGCCGACGCUCGGAACGCUGGACUUUUACAUGGCGCGGCUUCACGGAGCCAUCGAGCGCGACCCCGCGCAACAUGAGAGACUGAUGCGCGUCAAGGAGAUCCUGGCGCGAGUAGCCAGCGAGCACCUGUGACAGGCCUCUUGGACCGGGAGACGCCCCUCUACACCCGCCCAGGAAGAAGCUGCACCUUGGGGUCUCCAGACCCCCCUCAAAUGAAAUCUCAACCGCAUCCCUUUAACCUCGAACCCCAACCCAGGUUGCAGAGCCCGGAAGACCUGCCUGCCUCACAGGGAGGGUCACACUACAGUGGGUCAGGAACAGAGGAGCCAUGGCCUCCAGACUCGGAUACUCCACCCCCACCCCUGAUGAAGAGCAGGACCCUAGGCCACUCACCAUACAGCCACUGGGCCCACUGGGCAGGCGCUAACCAAGCAGCGCCGGGGUAGGGGUGGGGUAGUCCAAUAGCCCCUUCCCCCGAGCCUUUCAUCACUCAAUCCGGACUUUUAAAUACGUGUCAAUAAAAGCAAGUGAGUUUUCAUUCAAGUUAA